UUCUGCAGAGUCGGUGCGCCGCCUUCCAGUAUCGAGCCAACAAGUAUUCAGCGGGAGGUGAAGGUCCUCGACACGGAGCCUCAAAGCUAGCGAUGCCCGGAUCCACGCCGGCCAGCAGCAAGGCUCGGGUGUACACCGACGUCAACACACAGAAGAACAGAGAGUACUGGGACUAUGAUGCACAUGUGCCAAACUGGAGGUACGUUUCAUUGUUUGAGGCCAUAAAUGUGACCAACAAUGAGAAAGUGGUGGUGAAAAUCCUCAAGCCCGUCAAGAAGAAGAAGAUCAAACGGGAAAUCAAAAUUCUUGAAAACCUGCGAGGAGGAACCAACAUCAUCCGCCUGGUGGACACGGUCAAAGACCCGGUGUCCAGAACACCAGCGCUUGUCUUUGAGUGCAUCAAUAACACAGAUUUUAAGGAGCUUUACCAGAAGCUGACAGACUAUGAUAUUCGUUACUACAUGUAUGAGCUUCUUAAGGCUCUGGACUACUGUCACAGUAUGGGCAUCAUGCACAGGGACGUGAAGCCCCACAACGUGAUGAUCGACCACCAGUUGAGGAAGCUGCGUCUUAUAGAUUGGGGUUUGGCUGAAUUCUACCAUCCCGCUCAGGAAUACAACGUCAGGGUGGCCUCUCGCUAUUUCAAAGGCCCCGAGCUGCUAGUGGACUAUCAGAUGUAUGACUAUAGUUUGGACAUGUGGAGUCUGGGCUGCAUGUUAGCCAGCAUGAUCUUUCUGAAGGAACCGUUUUUUCACGGCCAGGACAACUACGACCAGUUGGUCCGUAUUGCAAAGGUCCUCGGCACCGAUGAGCUCUUUGGUUACCUGCACAAAUAUCACAUAGAACUGGACACUCGCUUCAAAGACCUGCUGGGACAGCAAACGCGGAAGCGCUGGGAGCAGUUCAUCCAGUCGGAGAACCAGCACCUGGUGAGUCCGGAGGCUCUGGACCUGCUGGACAAGCUGCUGCGCUACGACCACCAGCAGAGACUGACGGCCGCCGAGGCCAUGCAGCACCCAUACUUCUAUCCUGUGGUGAAGGAAAACGCCAAUACAGACGGCACAAAGGCAAUAAGCAGCUCCAAUGCAACAUGAUAACCAGAGAGCAGGAAGAAUCUUUGUUACCUCAACUUGUGACCUUUUCGUGGCAGAAACCUCUGCCUCCACAUCAACAGCCAUACUGGAGCAAGAUGUCAAUUUUGCAGCACACACAAACAUGCACGGAUUAAACUUCUCCCAACAAAGCCUGAGGAAUCUGCGCUGCUUGGUCUGAGUCACAAAUAAAUCCGAUCUGAAACCAGAUCCGAGCCCCUCCCCUCCUCCUCCUCCUCCUCUUCCUCUUCCUCUUCCUCCUCCCCUUCCUCUUCCUCCCAAAAACCCUCCACCUGUUUUCAAAACCAGUAAAGUGACAGUUGUUGGAUCGGCAUCCAGCCGGUGUCGUUGCUGUAAAGACGUUUGUCCGUCAUUGACGCUGUGGCGACCUGAGAUCAGUUCCAGGUUUUAGCACUGAGUGGCGUGGAGGCUCUUUUCUGCUAUGGAUAGAACAAAAGCUAUAUUGAAAGAGAAUAAACCAUUUUUAUUUAAA